GGCGGAUUCGAAGAGAGCCGCGGCGGUUGGCGAAGCGGUCGGAGCACAGCCUCCCCGGUGCGAGGAACGGUCUCUGCUGACAGAUCCCCUUCUUCCGGCCGCGCCACCCGGGAGGCGGGUCCCCCGGGCCUGUGGAGGCUUCCUCGGCCCGGCCCUCCCUCCCUCCCUCUCCCGCGGGUCACCCGAGCGGCCUGUGACGACGAGGAGGAGGAGAAGAAGGAGGAGGAGGUUGUCGGGGGCGGCAGCGGGCGGAGAGCGCGCUCCCCCCUUCCCCGGCGGCGGCGGCGGCGGCGGCGGCGGCGGGGGCAGGACAAUGGAGGUGGCUGUGGAGAAGGCAGCGACGGCGGCCGUGGCCGCUUCGGCGCCGGCCGCCGGGGGGCCCUCGGCGGCGCCGAGCGGGGAGAACGAGGCCGAGAGUCGGCAGGGCCCCGACUCGGAGCGCGGAGGCGAGGCGGCCCGGCUCAACCUGUUGGACACUUGCGCCGUGUGCCACCAGAAUAUCCAGAGCCGGGCGCCCAAGCUGCUGCCCUGCUUGCACUCCUUCUGCCAGCGCUGCCUGCCCGCUCCCCAGCGCUACCUCAUGCUGCCCGCGCCCAUGCUGGGCUCGGCCGAGACCCCACCUCCAGUCCCGGGCCCCGGCUCGCCGGUCAGCGGCUCCUCGCCGUUCGCGACCCAAGUUGGAGUCAUUCGUUGUCCAGUUUGCAGCCAGGAAUGUGCAGAGAGACACAUCAUAGAUAAUUUUUUUGUGAAAGACACUACUGAGGUUCCCAGCAGUACAGUAGAAAAGUCUAAUCAGGUGUGUACAAGCUGUGAGGACAAUGCAGAAGCUAAUGGGUUUUGUGUCGAGUGUGUUGAAUGGCUCUGCAAGACAUGCAUCAGAGCUCAUCAAAGGGUGAAGUUCACAAAAGACCACACUGUGAGAGAGAAAGAGGAAGUGUCUCCAGAGGCAGUUGGUGUGACCAGUCAGCGGCCAGUGUUUUGUCCUUUCCAUAAGAAGGAACAGCUAAAGCUUUACUGUGAAACAUGUGACAAAUUAACAUGUCGGGACUGCCAGUUAUUAGAACAUAAAGAGCAUAGGUAUCAAUUUAUAGAAGAAGCGUUCCAGAAUCAGAAAGUGAUCAUAGAUACACUAAUCACCAAACUGAUGGAAAAAACAAAAUACAUAAAAUACACAGGAAAUCAGAUCCAAAACAGGAUAAUUGAAGUAAAUCAAAAUCAAAAGCAGGUGGAACAGGAUAUUAAAGUUGCUAUAUUUACAUUGAUGGUAGAAAUAAAUAAAAAAGGGAAAGCUCUACUGCAUCAGCUUGAGAGCCUUGCAAAGGACCAUCGCAUGAAACUUAUGCAACAACAGCAGGAAGUGGCUGGACUUUCUAAACAACUGGAACAUGUCAUGCAUUUUUCCAAAUGGGCCGUUUCCAGUGGCAGCAGCACAGCCUUACUUUAUAGCAAGCGAUUGAUUACAUACCGGUUACGGCACCUCCUUCGAGCAAGGUGUGAUGCUUCCCCAGUGACCAACAAUACCAUCCAGUUUCACUGUGAUCCUAGUUUCUGGGCUCAAAAUAUCAUCAAUUUAGGUUCUUUAGUAAUUGAAGAUAAAGAGAGCCAACCACAAAUGCCUAAGCAGAAUCCUGUCGUGGAACAGAAUUCACCGCCGCAAGGUGGUUUAUCUUCAAACCAGUUAUCCAAGUUUCCAACACAGAUCAGCCUAGCUCAGUUACGACUCCAGCAUAUGCAGCAACAGGUAAUGGCUCAGAGGCAACAGGUGCAACGGAGGCCAGCACCUGUGGGUUUACCAAACCCUAGAAUGCAGGGGCCCAUCCAGCAGCCUUCCAUCUCUCAUCAGCAACCCCCUCCACGUUUGAUAAAUUUUCAAAAUCACAGUCCCAAACCCAAUGGACCGGUUCUUCCUCCUCAUCCUCAACAGCUGAGAUAUCCACCAGCCCAGAAUGUGCCACGACCAGCAAUAAAGCCCAACCCCCUACAGAUGGCUUUCUUGGCUCAACAAGCCAUAAAACAGUGGCAGAUCAGCAGUGGGCAGGCUCCCCCAUCCACUGCCAACAGCACGCCCUCUACUCCUUCCAGCCCCACCAUUACUAGCGCAGCAGGAUACGAUGGGAAGGCGUUCGGUUCGCCUAUGAUUGAUUUAAGCUCACCAGUGGGAGGUUCUUAUAACCUUCCUUCUCUUCCAGAUAUUGACUGUUCAAGUACUAUUAUGCUGGACAAUAUUGUGAGGAAAGAUACUAGUACAGAUCAUGGCCAACCAAGACCGCCCUCAAACAGAACCGUCCAGUCACCGAAUUCAUCAGUGCCGUCUCCAGGCCUUGCAGGCCCUGUUACUAUGACUAGUGUACACCCGCCAAUACGUUCACCUAGUGCCUCCAGCGUUGGGAGCCGCGGAAGCUCUGGCUCUUCCAGCAAACCGGCAGGAGCUGAUUCUACACACAAAGUCCCAGUGGUCAUGUUGGAGCCAAUCCGAAUAAAACAAGAAAACAGUGGACCCCCUGAAAAUUAUGAUUUUCCCGUUGUUAUAGUGAAACAAGAGUCAGAUGAGGAAUCUAGGCCUCAAAAUACCAACUAUCCGAGAAGCAUCCUCACCUCCCUGCUCUUAAAUAGCAGUCAGAGCUCUGCUUCUGAAGAGUCCGUGCCAAGAUCAGAUGCCCCUGACAGUACAGGAGAUCAACCUGGACUUCACCAGGAAAGUUCCUCUAAUGGAAAGCCUGAGUGGCCGGAUGCCUCCCAGAAGUCACCGCUUCAUGUUGGAGAGCCAAGGAAAGAGGAUGACCCCAAUGAGGACUGGUGUGCUGUUUGUCAGAAUGGAGGGGAACUCCUGUGCUGUGAGAAAUGUCCCAAAGUAUUCCAUCUUUCUUGUCACGUGCCCACAUUGGCCAAUUUUCCAAGUGGAGAGUGGAUUUGCACUUUCUGCCGAGAUUUAUCCAAACCAGAAGUUGAGUAUGAUUGCGAUGCUUCCAGUAACAACUCAGAAAAAAGGAAAACUGAAGGCCUUGUUAAACUAACACCAAUAGAUAAAAGGAAGUGUGAACGCCUACUUUUAUUUCUUUACUGCCAUGAAAUGAGCCUGGCUUUUCAAGACCCAGUUCCUCUAACUGUGCCUGAUUAUUACAAAAUAAUUAAAAAUCCAAUGGACUUGUCGACUAUCAAGAAAAGACUACAAGAAGACUAUUUCCUGUAUACAAAACCUGAAGAUUUUGUAGCUGAUUUUAGAUUGAUCUUUCAAAACUGUGCUGAAUUCAAUGAGCCUGAUUCAGAAGUAGCCAAUGCUGGUAUAAAACUUGAAAGCUAUUUUGAAGAACUUCUAAAGAACCUUUAUCCAGAAAAAAGGUUUCCUAAACUAGAAUUCAGGAAUGAAUCAGAAGAUAAUAAAUUUAGUGAUGACUCAGAUGAUGACUUUGUACAGCCCCGGAAGAAACGCCUCAAAAACACAGAGGAACGCCAGUUGCUUAAAUAAGCAGCACUGUUGGUGUGUGCUGGUUUUUAGAUUUUUUUUGUUUUCAAAAAAAAUAAACAUUUUGUGAGUAAUUUAACAUCAUUACAAAGAAGAGUUUGUGACCACUCUGAUCUGUAAGUUUUUGAUGUUUACUAGACUUUGAUUUUCUUAAUAACCCAUUUCUUUUAACCUUCGAAAAAGAAAGAAAAAAAAGAGAAAGGAAUGAAUGGAGAGAGGAAGGAAGGAGAAAGAAAGGAAAAUACAAAGAAGCAUCAACAACAAAACAAAAAGACAUUAUUCCCACUUCCUGGAUUUCAAAACUAUAAUCUGGAGUGAUAGCUACUAUAGAAAGGAAAUAGACUUAGUAUGAACUCUGAGUUGAAAAUUUAAUGUGGUUUGGAUAUGUGCGUUAAUCCAUUUUUAGAAAAUACCACUACCCAUUCAUUAUGGCCCCACCAUGAGUUAGGCGUACUGUCCUUAAGAGCGGUACUCCAUGAACUUGGAUGGUAAUAAUAAGAGUUCUAGGAUGCCGACUCGUGCAAUGAAAAAGUAGGUUAGAUCCUGUUAUGAAGACACCUAAUAGUAUAACAUGUAAGAUGGAAACUGUAUUAAAGAAAAAGCAGGAAAACAAAUGUUUGAUUUUUAUUUUUGUUUCUUUCUUGUCUAUAGAGGUGUUUGGUAAAGCAGAUUUUCAAGGCAAUUUUUUCAUCCAUUUCUUUAACUUCUUCCACUGAGGAAGUAAGUGAACAUGUUUGGUUUUGCUGUAUAUCUAUAUGUGGUUUUGUUGUUUGUUUCAACUGUGCAGGUGAUCCUUUUAUAACAAGACUCAUUGUUUGCAGUAUGGCUUUUAGUGGAACUACCCAAAAUAUGAAAUACAGCAGUGUGUGCCGUAUUUGAUGUGAGGAUUCUUACAAUAUACCCAAUUGGGCAUUAAAUGUAAGUUCCCCUGAAAGGGACUAGUUUUUCUGGUUUUCAUCUGUCUUUAUAGUUUGGAAUGAAAAUGUAUUGUGAAAUUUGGUAGCAGGCAGCUGGAGGGAAUUAUAGUAAAAAUUUAAUUUUUUUCUGAAGCAUCUAUUUCCUAUUUUUAGGAGUUAGAACCUCAAAUUGAAUCUUUCAUCUGACUUAAUUUUGAAUUUCAUUCUUAAAGAGAUACAAAAGACCUAUCUUCUGAGGACAAGCAUAUUCUUAAUGGGCCAGACCUAGCUAAUUUAACUGACAUUCAUUUAUUCCUUAUUGUUCAGUGUCAAAGAAGGAGACCAGAUUAAGAUAGAAGACAAUUGCUGUGCCAUUUGCUAAUCUAACAUUUGACAAGAUAUUGCCAUCUGAACUUUUUACUUUGCCAACGUAAACCUUUGUUUAUAAAACAUUAAUUAGCUAAGGAAAUUUUUCUCUUUAGGAUGAGAGGGUAAAAAUAUAGCUGACUUAACAGAAUUUGAUUCUGUGGAUGGUAUCAUCUCCCAUGAACGAAACCUAGAGGACUUUUAUCCAUAUGGCAUUACUUCUUAAACUGGACAAUUUGAAAAUAUUCUGUGGGGAAUUCAUUGGGUUUUCAGAUAUUGCCAAAGAUAAAAUAUGAGAAAACAACUUAUUAGCAAUAGCUUUUUACUUUUCAAAUAAAUUGAAGUUUUGCCCAUAAUAUGUCAAUUAUGUAUUAACAGUUUAAAGUCUUAAUCAUUUUUCCAAAUCUGUGUUCAGGGUAAUUGUUGUGUUAUUUUGAACAUGCAUUUGACUUUCUCCAAAGACUGCAUAUACCAUUUAAUUUUCUUUUUUUGCUUCAGCAUUUAUAGCACAGCAGCUGUGGGACUUUUACUAAUAAGUUUAUUGUUGGUAUCUUAGAAUACUGUUCUUUUGACAGUUUGUUCUUCCACAGUUUGUCUCCUGAGUUAAAACAGAUCAACACGGAUAAAUUUUGAGGAGGAUCACAAAGGGAAGUGACGCUAAAGAGAGAAAAAAUAGAAUUUUUUAAGUGCAUCUGAGCCAGAAUGUCUAAUAUACCCAAAACUUGGUUAUAGUCAGUGCCAUAUUAAUCUUUUAAAACUGUAUUUGUUUUGCUUUUACCAUUUUUUGCUAAAUGAAAGGCAGUUGAGAACCAUCUUGCCUGUAAUCAUAAUAUAAAUUAUAUUAAAAGUGUUUUUCUCUCCAAUAGCCAUCAGGACCAUCUUUGAGAUUCAAGUCCUGUGACCUUACUAACAAGCUCCUUAUGUGCUCAGGUGGAUCCCAGCAAAGUAGUCCUUAAAUUCUAAUAGACGUAAGCUAUAAGAUGACCCUAACUAUCCCAUCUCGUUUAGAGAGCAGCCUCCCAAAAUUUCAGAGCCAUUUAAGCAAACUUGACCUAUACUUAAAACACCAGUGUUUGUCUCUGAUCAAGAGCCCAGUGUCAUAGCUGCAAGAACCCCAGUACUGAAAAUGAUCACACUAUCACACCUUUAGCCAGGGCUUACGAAGGAGCAGACCAUGUGGGAGCUACGAUUAACUCAGUCCAACUCAUUGAAUGCUUUCCCAGGUGCCAGGCAUCUGAUCUUUCUGGCAAUAGGGAAACCCAAGUACACAGUCAGUGACUUAUGUAUCUAAGGCAGAAGUAUAAAUGGACUGAGAUAUACCAUAUUAAAUUCAAAAUACAUUUGUACAUGAGCAGCUGGCAAUGCAGCCCUUUUGUCCUUUGAAUUAUUAGCAGGCCCUGCUUAUCUUUUCUGAAUGGAGGGGUAGGAAAUUGGAAGGUGCUAAAAGGAAAAUGUCCUCUUCCUCUUCCCUUCAUAAUUUUACUUUCUUUUCCAAGCUAAAGAAUAGGCUCCAUAUUUUACUCCCACACAGUAACAUAGGAAUGCUUUCAGAGAGGUUCACUCCACAGUAAAAAAGGUGAGUAUACAUACAGCCCAUUGAUCUAUUUAUGAAUUUACAUUUCAAAGUCCUAUGAUGUCGCAGUGCUUAAACUUUUAAAUGUGGGUUCCAUGAAGAGCCUAGUUAGACAAUGAGGUCCGAUCCACAAAUAAUGUGAAUCCCCAAAACAAGUUGCUUCAUGUGAACAAAAAGUUUUUAGCUUUCAAUAGAAGAUGUACUCAUUUUCUGUUAUCUGUAUUUGUUAUGAAAGAGAGAAAUCCAAGUGAUCUGAUUAGCCAUUAAAGUCAUGGAUGUACCAUGAGUUUCAGCCAUCUGCUUUCUUAUUGAAAUAGAGCCCCUCGUUUUAAAUAACCAUGUACAUAUUUCUCGAAAGUAUUUUAUAACGUCAUGUAAAUUAAUAGUUGUCUUUUUACAAACACAUUUUAUUAGCCCCUUCAUUUUGGGUGUGAAUUUACUAAGUUAUAAUUCACAUGCCGGUGGCUCAUGUUCCCGAGUGAAAAUAAUGCUAGCCAAUCAGAUCACAGAUUUCUUUCUCCGUGAAGGUUUUGCUUAUUGUGAAGGACAUCUGAGACAGUAGUCUUUGUUUAAUUUUAGGGGGCCAACUGGUGCUUUGAUUUUAAUAAAAAUUAGCUUCAAUGCA